CCCCUGCCGAGCACACAGGUGGGGUUAGCUGCUGGGAUCUGGGCUGACGACAGCUGCUUCUCUGGGCUUCAGCUGGCACAGAGACGCAGGGCAGUGCAGGGCUCAGAGAGUUAGAGUAGAGUAGAGCACAGUACAGUAGAGUUCAGAGAGGUAGAGUACAUUACAGCAGACUGCAGUAACAGUACAGCAGGCUGCAGGUUAGUAAAGGGGUGGCCUGGCCUUCAGGCGAGGGAGAGAGAAAGAGAGGGAGAAAGAGAGGGAGAGAGAGAGGGAGAGGGAGAGAAGGGAGUCGGGGUGAGAUGGGGUUGCAGGACCUAGGCCACACAGUGACAGAGCGGUUGGACUGAGAGCUGGACUAAGAGAGGGAGAGCUACAAAGAGACAAGUGAAGAAGCAUAAAGAGAGAGAGAUGAAGACUUGUUGUGCAGAGAGAGACAUUGACGUAUAGAGGCAGAGAGAGAGAGAGUGAGUGAUAAAGAAGGUAGCGAGGCGUGGUGCGCGGAGAUGGAGUUCCUAAGGAGCCUGGUCCCCACGGUAAUAUCAGGGGAGGGGGUUGCCCCGGAGACGGCGUUGUCGCGGGGGAAGGGGGCGGCGGCGGCGUUGCCGCGGGAGACGGGCCCCCGUCUGCUGAGCAUGAAGCGCCUGAGCCUGCUGGCCAUGGUCUCGACCGUCCAGGAGGAGGACGCCUUCCCCAGGCCCCCGCGCCCCACUGGCCUGAGAGGACACCUCCUCCAUAUUAGACGAGAACUCUCCUAUCCUGACGAUGACGAUGCUUGUGGUGGGUGUGGUCGUCAUGCCUCGGCCCCGGUCAGCAGCGUGAGCAGACGGCGCCCCCCCCCCACAGCCCCCCCCUCGUGGGAGAAGCGCUCGGCCGCCAUCAUGUCCAGCAUCACCAUCGACCCCGAGCUCAAGCCGGGGGAGUUCGUCAUCAAGAGCCUGUUCGCCGAGUUUGCCGUGCUGGCGGAGAAGAAGAUAGAGGUGGUGAUGGCAGAGCCUCUGGAAAAGCCCUUGUCCAGAUCUCUCCAGAGGGGAGAAGAUGCACAGUUUGAUCAGUUAAUAAGCUCUAUGAGCUCCAUAGCAGAGCACUGUUUGCCCUCGCUGCUGCGGACACUGUUUGACUGGUACCGCCGCCAGAGCGGGACCGAGGACGAGUCCUACGAGUACAGGCCUCGCUCCAGCACCAAGUCCAAAGGGGAUGAACAGCAUCGUGAUAAAGACUACCUGCUGGAGAGGAGGGAUCUAGCCAUAGAUUUCAUGUUCUGUUUAGUUUCAGUAGAAGUUUUAAAACAGAUUCCUCUUCAUCCAGUGCCAGAUGCUUUAGUACAUGAGGUUCUGAACCUGGCAUUCAAGCACUUUAAACACAAAGAGGGGUACUCGGGGCCCAACACUAGCAACGUGCACAUCAUCGCAGAUCUGUAUGCGGAGGUCAUCGGAGUGCUCACACAGUCCAAGUUCCAGGCCGUGAGGAAGAAGUUCACCACGGAGCUGAAGGAGCUGCGUGUGAAGGAGCAGUCCCCCCACGUCAUCCAGUCCAUCAUCAGCCUCGUCAUGGGCAUGAAGUUCUUCAGGGUCAAGAUGUACCCUGUGGAGGACUUUGAGGCCUCCUUCCAGUUCAUGCAGGAGUGUGCCCAGUAUUUCCUGGAGGUGAAGGAUAAAGACAUCAAGCAUGCUCUGGCCGGCCUAUUUGUGGAGAUCCUCAUUCCUGUAGCUGCUGUUCCAGUGCACCACAGGAGGAGUGUGUUCCCCCAGCAGUCUCUGAGACACAGCCUGUUCAUGCUGUUCAGCCACUGGGCCGGGCCCUUCAGCAUCAUGUUCACCCCACUGGACCGAUACAGCGACCGCAACAUGCAGAUCAACAGACACCAGUACUGUGCUCUCAAGGCCAUGUCUUGCUGGUUGUGCUGUGGGCCUGUAGCUGACAACGUGGGCCUGUCUUCAGACGGCUACCUGUACAAGUGGCUGGACAACAUCCUGGACUCCCAGGACCGCAAGGGUAGGCACCUGGGCUGCGAGGCGGUGAUGCUGCUGCUGGAGCUGAACCCGGAGCAGAGUAACCUGAUGUUCUGGGCGGUGGACCGCUGCUACACGGGCUCCCGCAGGGUGGCCGCCGGCUGCUUCAGGGCCAUCGCCAACGUCUUCCACAACAGGGACUAUCAGUUUGACACGGUUGUGCUGCUCAACCUCAUCCUGUUCAAGGCUGCAGACUCCUCCAGAGACAUCUAUGAAGUAGCCAUGCAGCUGCUGCAGAUCCUGGAGCCCAAGCUGUUCCGCUACGCUCACAAGCUGGAGGUGCAGCGCUCAGACGGGAUCCUCAGCCCGCCCUCCGCCCUGCCCCACCUCUACUCCGUCUCCUACUACCAGCUGUCUGAGGAGCUGGCCCGCACCUACCCCGAGCUCACCCUGCCCAUCUUCUCAGGUACGAGCCAGCGCAUCCACACAGCGCACCCUGGUGGGCGCCUGAUGCUGCACUACCUGCUGCCCUGGAUGAACAACGUGGAGCUGGUCGACCUGAAGCCGUCGCCACGGCGACAGGAGGAUGCUACCGUUGCCGGGGAGGAGGAAGACGAGGAGAGGCGGCGCGGGGAGAGGGAGAUGACGAUGUUGAACAGCCGACGCUGGCUGAGGGGGGGAGGGCUGGGGGCUCCCCCGCACGGAACCACCAUGGUCCUAAACAACCUCAUGUUCAUGACCCGCCAAGGUACCACGGCCACCACACCAGGAACCACACACCUUAUGGGGACGAGUUUGCAGUGGUAGGAGAUAGAGAGUGUGUGGUGCACCCUGGCAGACAGCUGGCCCAGCAACCUGAAGAUCAUCCUGCACUUCCUCAUCAGCAUGGCCGGAGUCAACAGUGACCCCAGCCUGCUGCCUUAUGUGAAGAGAGUGGUGGUGUACCUGGGCAGGGACAAGACCAUGCAGCUCCGAGAGCUGAUGUGUGAGCUGGAGGUGAUGGACCCCGUGAGCUCGGCCGUGGCUCACAUUGGACAACCCCCCUACUACCGGGUCAGCUCCAGCCUCAAGGUGCCCCCGCUGGCCUCGGGCACGGCCUCCAGCAGCAACACCAUGGUGCCCGGCCCCGACCCUGCACAGGACCGCACCAAGGACCCCAACAUGGAGGACAGUUACCCCCACCUGGACAUCCAUGGGGGGCUGAACAGUAAUCUGAACCGGCAGCACCAUCGUCUGGAGUCUCGCUACAGCAGCAGCUCUGGUGGCUCCUACGAGGAGGAGAAGAGUGACUCCAUGCCCCUGUAUGCUAACUGGCGUCUGAAGGUGAUGGACCACAACCGGCCCGAGCCCCUCCCCUUCCCCCCCGCUGGGGGCUGCUGGUCGCCCCUGGUGGACUACCUCCCCGAGACCAACACCCCUGGCACACCCCUGCACAGGUGUAACAUAGCAGUGAUCCUGCUGACUGACCUCAUCGUGGACCACGGGGUCAAGGUGGACUGGAGCGCCUACCUCCACCUCCUGCUGCACGCCAUCUUCAUAGGGUUUGACCACCAGCACCCGGAGGUUUAUGAACACUGCAAACGCCUGCUGCUGCACCUGCUGGUCGUCCAGGGAACCAACAGCAGCAUCCAAUCACUGGCCUCCGUCCUGCUGAGGAACCGUGAGCACAACGAGCCCAGGGUUCUGACCGUGAAGACCCCCUCCCACGAGUUUAACCUCACAGGAGUGAGUGAGUUCGCCCCAGACUACCAGCCGUCCCCCAUGACAGACUCAGGCCUGAGUUCCAGCUCCACCUCCUCCAGCAUCAGCCUGGGGACCGGGGGGGUCCCGGGGGGCCCGUCCAUGCCCUCCCUCACCCCCUCCCUGCUCAGCGAGGUGGACGUCACCGUGGAGCACGACCUCAAGGUCAAGGCCCUCAUCGAGUUCAUCACCUCCAGGAAGCGAGGCCCGCUGUGGAACCACGAGGACGUGUCUCCUAAGAACCCCAACAUCAAGAGCGCCGAACACCUCAGUGUCUUCCUCAGACACGUGGUCGCCGUGUUCAGACACUCCCCCGCUGGGUUCCAGCUGGAGUCCCUGCUGAGUGAGGCCGCCCUGCAGACGGCCCUGUCCUGCCCCUCCCGACACUACGCCGGACGCUCCUUCCAGAUCCUGCGGGCGCUCAAGCAGCCGCUCACGCCCGCCACGCUGUCAGACAUCCUGGCCCGCCUCGUAGAGACCGUGGGGGACCCCGGGGAGGAGGCCCAGGGCUUUGUCAUCGAGCUGCUGCUGACUCUGGAGUCUGGCAUCGAUACGCUGGCCGACACGGUCAAGAACUACGACCUCCUCACGGCCCUGGCAAAAGCGUCGGCUCAUGAACACCUGCUGGGGGCAAAGUUCGCGGCCAACAGGAAGAGCACGGGCCAGAUCAACCUGAGCAGCGGAGGCCUGUUCCACCACGCCCCCUACGGCCACGCCCACCACGGCCACGCCCACUACCCCGGCCACGCCCCCGGCCACGCCCGCAGCAACUCGCUCCGCGCCAGCCUGAUGGGCGAGCGCAAGGCCGACCGCCGCCGUAGCAACACCCUGGACGUCGCCGACCGUCUGGGCGGUAGCCACGGCAACCUGGCGCGCACGCGGAGCUUGUCGUCGCUGCGGGAGGGGGGCGGGGCGGGGGGCACCGGGGCAGGCGGAGGAGGGGAAGCCACGCCCCCCGUGGACCCCUCCAACCUGAUGGCGACGGUGUUCUGGAUCGCGGCGUCGCUCCUCGAGUCGGACUACGAGUUUGAGUACCUGCUGGCGCUCCGCCUCCUCAACAAGCUGCUGGUGCAGCUGCCCCUGGAGCGGGCCGACAGCCGCCAGCGCCUGGAGCGCCUGCAGGCGCUGCUCAAGUGGUACACCUUCCCCGGGCUGCUGCAGCUCUUCCUGAAGGGCUUCACCUCCGCCUCCACCCAGGAGCUCAGCAUCCACCUGCUCAGCAGGCUGGUCAGCGUGUCGCGCCACACGCUGGUCGACCCCUCCCAGGUGGCAGGUUUCCCUCUCAACAUCCUGUGCCUGCUGCCCCACCUGAUCCAGCACUUCGACAGCCCCACGCCCUUCUGCAAGGAGACGGCCGACAAGAUCGCCAAGGUGUGCUCCGAGGAGAAGUCGGCCACGCUGGCCAACCUGGCCCACAUGAUGAGCCUGUACAGCACGCACAGCUACUCCAGAGACUCGGCCAACUGGAUCAACGUCGUGUGUCGCUACCUUCACGACGCCUUCGCCGACAUCACCUUCAACCUGGUCACCUACCUGGCGGAGCUCCUGGAAAAGGGGCUUCCCAGCAUGCAACAGUCUCUGCUGCAGAUCAUCUUCAGCCUGCUGAGUCACAUCGACCUGUCGGCCGCGCCCGUCAAACUGUUCAACCUGGAGAUCAUGAAGAUCAUCGGCAAAUACGUGCAGAGCCCGUACUGGAAGGAAGCCCAGAACAUCCUGAAGCUGGUGGUGUCUCGCUCGGCCAGCCUGGUGGUUCCUGAGGAGGUGCAGCGCUCCUACAGCGUGGAGUCCUCGGGGUCUCCAGAGAUCGCCUUCACACGCAUCUUCAACAACUCCUCCAAGGAGCUGCCGGGGAAAACCCUCGACUUCCACUUCGACAUCUCAGAGACGCCCAUCAUAGGGCACAAGUAUGGCGACCAGCGCAGCGCCGCGGGCCGGAACGGGAAGCCUCAGGUCAUCGCCGUGACGAGGAGCACAUCGUCCACCUCGUCGGGGUCAAACUCCAACGGCCUGGUGCCCGUCAGCUGGAAGAGACCCCAGCUCUCCCAGAGGAGGACCAGGGAGAAGCUCAUGAACGUGCUGUCUCUGUGUGGACCGGAGUCUGGCCUUCCUAAGAACCCCUCUGUUCUGUUUUCAUCCAACGAGGACCUGGACUCUGGGGACCAGCACACCAGCCUCAUCCCCACCGUGGAUGAGGUGUUAAGGGAGGAGGAAGUGAUGGGCGAGGACACAGGAAGUGAGCAGCAGUUUGGGGUCUUUAAGGACUUUGACUUCCUGGAUGUUGAGCUGGAGGAUGCAGAGGGGGAGAGCAUGGACAACUUCAACUGGGGCGUGCGUCGCCGUUCCUUGGACAGCAUGGACAAGGGCGACACGCCGUCCCUGCAGGAGUGCCAGUUCGCGGGCAGCACGCCCAGCCUGAACCUCACCAACCAGGAGGACACGGACGAGUCGUCUGAGGAGGAGGUACUGAGCGCUAGCCAGAUUCUCACCCGUCCUGGCCUCAUGAACAGCGACUCGGCCGCGGACGACGUCACGUCCAAUCAUGUGGACUCUCUGCAGCAGUCUCAGGAUUCGUCCAGCAGCGCCCUGACGGAGGACACCCUCCCCCUGCCCGGGCCCCCCCGCCUGGACAGCCCCGCCCCCCCGGACAUGGGCCAAUCAGAUGGCCAGCAGCCUGAGGACGCCGUGAGCAUGACGGCGGCGGACGAGCUCAGCAGCAGCGUGAGCGAGGACACGGGCUUCUGCAGCGCCCCACUCCUGCCCUCCGACCCCCCCGACUCCUCCGACCUGCCCGACCCCCCGGACCCCCCCGACGACCCCACCCCGCCGCCGGCCGUGGACGCGCCCGCGGGCUGGCUCUGCGAGGACGACCCCCCCACGCUGCUGCUGGCGUGCGGCUCGGUGUGCGAGGACGACGUGACGCUGGCGCUGAAGGAGCUGGAUGAGCGCUGCCAGGAAGAGGAGGCCCACUUCUCUGAGACGUCCAGUCAGGAUGAAGGUGAUGCAGAGGGGUUUCCAGAGAUCCAGGCCUCUCCUCCCCCAUCUCCCUUCCUCUCCGCCAUCCUGGCAGCGUUCCAGCCCGUUGCCUACGACGAUGAGGAGGAUGCCUGGCGUUGCCAUGUCAACCAGAUGUUGUCGGACUCAGACGGAUCGUCUGCUGUUUACACCUUCCACGUGUUCUCCAGACUCUUUCAGAGUAUGCAGAGGAAGUUUGGCUCCAUCACACACUCGUCGGUGCGUUUCCUUGGAGAGCGGCUACAGCGAAUGGGGAACCAGUUCCUGAGUUCCCUGGAGGUCAUGACCUCCCAGUCCCAGUGUCCCACAGUGCUGCUGGACGCAGAGACGCUGGUGUCUUGUGGUCUGCUGGAGACUCUGAAGUUCAGCGUUCUGGAGCUGCAGGAGCAUCUGGACACCUACAACAGCAAGAGAGAGGCUGCAGAGCAGUGGCUGGAGAACUGCAGAAAGACAUUUGGAGACAAGGACAGUAGCCAGCAUGCCAGCACCCAGGCCCAGCACAUGGAGAAUCUAGCAGAGUUGGAGCUGUGUCGCAGGCUGUACAAGCUGCACUUCCAGCUGCUGCUGCUGUUCCAGGCCUACAGCAAGCUCAUCAGCAGAGUGGACACCAUCAAGAGAGAGGCUGAGGUGACCAACAUGUCAGAAGAGCUGGCCAUCCUGGAGAGUUGUCUGAAGGAAGCGGAGCUUGGCGUUGAUGGACAGGAGGACCUGCCUGUGUCGGAGGCCUCCCAAACCACCACGGAGACAGCCAUCCAAUCGCUGGUGGAGACACUGAGGGGGCGGGACUUCAGCUCUGCCCUCACACAGGUCAAAACAUUCAGGUCUCUGUGGCCCAACGACAUCUUCGGCAGCGAGGCGGACGACGCGGUCCAGACGCUGCUGCACAUCUACUUCCGGCACCAGACGCUGGGCCAGACGGGCUGCGUCGCGGUGGUGGGGCCGAGCCGGGACCAGAGCCAGGCCAGCGCCCGCCUCAUGGAGAUCAACCUGCAGAUACGAGAGGCCCUGAGCCAGGCCCAGGCACCCCUGGUCAGCACCAGCCUGUGAGACCGGGCCUGACCGGACUGAACCGGACUAACCCAGCACCCCUUCCCCUUCCUCCACCUCCCCUCUGCUGGGGGAGGGGCUUCAGAAUGCAGGGAGGGGGGAGAGGGGCUUAGGGGGGGCGCUUGCUGCAAAGACUCCAUCUAUAAGGGCUAAGGAUCUGUAGGGAUUACUGUGACAUAAAUAACAUACUCAUAUUAAUAUAUAUAUAUAUAACAUACGAAUACUUACAGCUAAUAUCUGUUUUCCCAAACUAAGCCAACUUGCAAAAUUCAGCCGCAAUAAGUCAUGUUGUAUUGUGACUGCUAAGAUGACUGUUCAGAGGGAAAGACGGGGGGGUAGAGAGAGAGAGAGGAAGAGGGGUAAAGGGAUGGAGAGAGAAAGGGAGAGAGGAAGAAGAGGUGGAGGGCAGGGGGAUGAUGAUGCUAAUCUGGAAUCAUUUUGGCGGAGAUGACCUGCCAACCAGCCAACCAGUCAGCCAGCCAAUCAAGAGACGACAGUUCUGUCCGACUGGCACGAAGAAGACAAACACAGAAAGUCAAAACAAGAAAAAUAAAGUUUUCAGAAGCAUGCUUGGAAGAGGAAAAAGCACUGCAAGAAUAUUUUUUUGAGAAAUGUAUUUUUUAUUAGAGCUAACAUCCUAGGUUGUAAAUGUUCUGAUAUUUAACAUGUAAUCCUGAGGGCGCUGUUCGAACCCAGAGCUUGUAAAAAGAGAAUUUACCAGUUUAUUGAACCCGCUUCAGUUUAUGGAUCCUUCUUCUGAGAGGAGCGGCCGCAGAUGAAACUCACUCUGUAACCAAAUACAUAGCUGCCUUUAGAGACUAGCCUGUGUGGUGUGUGCAGGGCUCCCUGCUACACACUGAACCACACAUGCAGACGGUCGCACCGAAGUGCAGACUGGCUACUCAUUAUGAAAAACAUCAAUAACUUAUUUUACUCUGUAUAUAUUUUAGAAAAUGUAUAGUGCAAACCCAGUAUUUUUUCCCCUUGUACUUUUGUGUAAAGCACUGUUAAUCCCAGCCGGGAGAGAGAGCGGCCAGGAGAGACCAGAUACGAGUCCCAAACAACCCUCUGCUAUCGCCAUCCUCUCGUCUGCUCUCCCCAGAGCCUGGUUCCUGGGUGGUCCUCUUGCUCAAGGCUGUGGGGGGUUUCUGAGGACUGGACUUGUAAACGCCUCAGAACCGGAGGGAGGGAGGGAUGGAGGGUGUUGAUCUGAGCUCCCAGUUGGAACAUCCCGAUCUGGCCCAGUCAUCAUUCCUUCUCACCACUGUGAUGUCCAUGUUGAUUCUGCCCCAUCCCACCCCACGGGUUGGACUGAGGGACAGCGGGAGGGGGAGGGGGGGGGGGGGAGUGGGAGUGACAGCCACACUGAAGGUGCACCUGGGCCACUAGACGUGGAGAGGGGACGUCUCACGGCCAUGUUUGUCACGGCACAUUGUAACGAUCACUGUAGCCAUUCCUCACAGAGCUGUUCUGUUGCUUGUCUGCUACAUUCGUAUGCUGUUAUUUAAUGGAUAUAUUAUUUACCUGGAAAAUAUCGUUUUUAUGUAGAGGCGCGUUACACUUUCUGCCGCAGGCUUUCUUUCAUUUUCUUGUCAUCUCACAUACCAGCCUUCUCUCUGGAUAAAUAAAAAUCUGAUCCUAUGA